ACAGCUCUCGUUCCGCUGACCAGUCCGCGAAUUGUCACCGCGACGCGCACACGCUUCCUCGUCACUUCAAGUGAAAACUUUAGAAAUCGUGAAAAUGUUCAAACUCGUUUGUGUUUCAAUCGUAACGGUGUGCCUUCAGCUUACGAGCGGGGGCGUUAUGAAGCCUGAUGACUCCAUCAAAUACCCUGGGCCCAUUAAGGAUAGGAACGGCGUCCCGGACGAGUGCAAGGACCAGAAUUUCUGCACGAUAAAACCGCCGGACUACCCUCAAGAACAGUUUGACAAGAUGUUCAAGGGAACAAAGCUAGGAAAGCUCCCGAACCUGGUGUUGAACGACAGCUUGGUGGACUUCCCCAACAGACAGGGCGGACCUGGAGAUGAGGACGAUUGCAGAACCACUGUCACGUACGAACCGUUAUACAAGGUGCGCACUAAACGCGGGGACUGGCGAACCGUCGUUCAGGCAGAGCAAGAAAACUACGUGCAGAAAGUGCGUUUGGAGACGUGCCUAAAACCUCAAAGCAAAUGCUUCACCCGUUUCGGCGAGAUCCCAGGCAUCGAGACCUACUGUCGACAGAACUACAACGACUGGGAGUUAGUCGUGUCAGACGGGAAAGGGGGCACGGAAACAGUCACAACCAGCCUCCCAGUCUGCUGCUCUUGCCACUACAAGUCCGUGGACCUCGCCUCAAGGUUCGGGAAACCGAAAGAACAGAAAACAGUGAAAGGAGAGUGAAUAUCUUGUAUUUUUUGUCAUUGUUGCCU